AUGGCUGUCUUUCCGAGACUUCGUGAGUUUGGAGAACCAAAACUUCACGGCUUCAGCCAAUGUGAAUUCAUCCAUGACACACCGCUAGGACAAUUCGCGUCUUUUCUAGCAGAUUGUCUGGAAGACUCUCCACGAAACGCUCCAGUAAUAAUUCGGAGUGAGCAGCGUCGUUCAAAGUUGGCAGCUCUCGAUCCAACAGGGCGCUCAGGACCACGGCGUGGGACAGAGGGUCCGCCCCAACUCAGAGCUGCACCGUCUGGAAGCUCCGCAACACCUUCUGGCGGUUGGCCGGGGUAUCGAAACCCGCGAUCAGAGCAUCCUUCGCGGCGGUCCACUUCAUCUUCUCCGGGCCCCUUCGCACCACAUCCAACACCACCCGCGCCCGGCCCUUGA